AUGGCACGGCUCUCUGAACAAGCGGAACUACUGGAAGACCCCGUUUGCAUUGACAUAGACAAAAUGCUUAAGAGUCUAUCAGAAAAAUCAUCUGAGCCUUGCAUUUCCAAAGUACCUAAUUAUCUUCGUCAGGUGAACCAGAAAGCGUACGAACCACAGGUAAUUUCAAUCGGUCCAUAUCACCGGGGUAAGGAUCACUUAGAAGCAAUGGAAGAGCAAAAGCUUCGCAUGCUUCAAAAGCUUCUUGAAGAAAGAGAGGAGAAUCGUCUUUCAGUAUUUGUCAUGAAAAUGAGAGAAUUAGAAGAUAAAGCUCGCAAAUGCUAUGCAGAACAUGUGAGUGAUCAUGACUCAGAUGAUUUAGUUAAAGUGUUGCUCCUUGAUGGUGUCUUUGUUGUCCAGCUAAUUCGCUGGCGUUUAGUGGGGUGUCCAAAUUAUCUAAAUGAUAUGGUAGAUUGUUACAAAAAUGGAUUAUGGAAUGCUUUAUAUCAAGACAUGUUAUUAGUCGAAAAUCAACUUACCUUCUUUGUCCUUAGGGAGUUAUUUUGUUUAAUUGUAAGUAGUCGGGCUGAUAAGGAUAGGAUCUUCAAGGAAGCAAUUUAUCAGACGUUGGGCGGUAUAACACCAGGCAAAAUGCGCCCGAGAGACGAUCUGAGGUCCUUGAAUUUGUUAGAUAUCAAGCAUUUGCUCGACUUCACGCAUCACUGCUGCUUUCACCCUUCAACUUCAGAAGUGGAGGCCCGUAAAAAGAACCCCAGAGACGAUAAUUCAACUUCAGAAAUGAAGGACCGUGAAGAGAACCCUAGAGAUCGGAAUUGCUUUAUAUCAUAUAUCAAGCAUUUACCCGAUUUAAGGUGUCACUGUUUCUGCCAUCCUUCAUCUUCACAAAAAAAGAAUGAACUGAAUUUCAUACGUUGUGCCACAGAGCUCAAAGAGGCAGGAAUCAAAUUCAAAUUGGUCAAUGGAAAUCCCAUGUUCGAUAUAUGGUUUGAAAAUGGGACUCUACAUGUCCCUGAAAUCAAAAUAGAAGACUAUACGGAACCUGUCCUCCGAAAUCUCAUUGCGUAUGAGCAGCUGUUCCUAGCAGACAGAGAUCUCAAGUUUGCCACCGAUUAUAUGUUUUUUAUGGACUACCUUAUUGACUCUCCAAAGGAUGUGGAAAUACUUUGCCAACAAGGAAUUAUUAAGAACAUGUUAGGUGAUGACAAAGCAGUUGCCGCCAUGAUUAAUGCUCUAAGUUUCGGUGUCACCUUCUCCCCCAGCUUCCAUUACACUGAAGUAUUCAACAAGAUAAACGAGUAUCGCAGUAGACGUUGGAACAGCUGGAUGGCGAACUUGAAGCACAACUAUUUUAACAGUCCAUGGGCACUCAUUUCCUUUCUGGCUGCUGCUCUGCUCCUUCUACUUACGCUGCUACAAACUGUAUUUUCUGUUCUCUCUUAUGCUCAAUGA